GCAAUGACAUAACCUUAUCCCGAUCUAAUUAAAAACUCUUGCUUCUUUCUUAAAAUUAACUAUGAGUGUGUUUUGCAUCUUACAGUUGCUAAGUUGAUUUUUCUUUUUGAUCAUACGAGGAUUUUUUUUAUGAUCUUGGAGAAGAGCAAUGUAAAAAUGAAACUUGUUGUAUAUUCCAUCGCAAUUGGUGCAACAGUUUAAAUGAUGGAUUACAAGUCUGAAGAAUUAAAAAAAUUAUCUGGGCGAGCAGAACGUCGACCCAGUGAUUAUGAUAUUCAAGGUCCUCGAGCUCUUGUAAAAAGUUCUUUUCACUUAAUGCAUUCAAAAAUUCCAGAAGUUUUUCAAGGACGUAGUCAUUUGAUUGUUGCACUGAGUGCUUUGGUUUAUUCAAGAUUAAUUCGAGCUAACAACUGGUCUACUCCAAUAUUAGAUUUGAUAUUUAACCACGCUCAUAUUUAUCUACUUGAUUUAGCUCGAGCCAUAGGGAAGAAAGUAGAUGAGAAUUUUCAAUUAACUCUUGAUGAUAUCCUGGGUGACAUUUAUCUGGGAAUUUAUGCAGCAAAGAUUCACAUUGAAGCAAAUAUUAUACCUGGUGCAGCAAAGAAAGCAAAAGGAAAAGGAAAAUAUUCAAUAGAUUCAGGACUUGUUGAUUUUUUUCAGCAACAUCAAUCAGGAAUAUUUGAAAUAAAAAAUACAUUUUAUGCCUUGUGGAAAGAUGAAGAUAAGUAUUACUUUUUUGAUCCUUUUGCUUGUGAUGAAGCAGGCUUCAGAGUGAAUUUAGAUGAUUGUGAAACUCCAGAAGAUAUUAAAAGAUAUGAAGAAGCUGUUGCUUGUGUCACUAUGAACAAUUCAAUAGAAGAAAUGGUUGAAAUUAUUUUAGAUAAUACUGGAAGUACUGAAAAAGAUCAAUUCUUUAUUCAUGGAGUAAGAAUUUUAUAUAUCAAAGUUGCAUCGGACGACUUAGAGAAUGAAAUAGUUUAUCGUGAAAAAAAGGUCAAUCGAAGACCUCUUCCACCAACUUUAUCUCCUGAGAAGAUUAUAGAUCAAUGUAAGAUUGAAGUUGAUAUAAUUCCAAGACCACGAUCGAAUGCGGAAAGAAUAAAAAAUAGUGAAAGUCAAUUUCCUGAGUUGAUGAAAGAGGUAAAUAAUUUUAUGAUGAAAGAAAAAGCGAGGAAAGAGGAUGGAGAAAGCUUAGAAUUAAGAAAAAAUUUUAAUGAAGAAGAGGAAAAUCAUCAGAUGGAAAAGAUUCAAUUUUUUCAAAUUAUCCAUCCACAUUGCUUGAUUUUACAAAGUUCAAAGAAUUGUCUUUCUGAAGAGUAUGACAAAUCUUCUCGAGGGAGACAAGGUAUUUCAGUGGCAAUUAGUGCUAUAUUUUUUGCUCAAUCAAAACAUCCAUCAUUAUGGAGUAACUUUGAUUUAAACUCAAUAUUGGAUUUGGGAAAUCAAUUACAUUCUUCGAUAAUUGAUUGGAUAAAAAGAGGCAGUCCAAAGAUCAAAGAAGACCUAGAGGAUGAAGAUGAUGAGAAAACAGAAGAUGAUGAUGAUGAGGAUGAAGAAACGGAGGAAGAAGAAAGUGAAACAACAGAAGAGGAAGAUGAUGACAAUGAUAAGAUACAGAUAAAUAAAGUACCUAAAUUUAUUGACAUCUCCAUGCUGCCAGAAAAGAUGAAGAUUGGAAAUAAUUGGGUGAACUUUCAGUAUAAAAAAUCAAUUAUGCAAGGAGAUGCAGAUCCUCUAGUGAAUCUAGGAGAAGCUCUUGAAAGAUAUUUCAAUGAUUAUAAUGAGUUAAUUUUAGAAAAUAAGCAAUUAAUGUAUGGCAUUUGGAAAAAAGAGGGAUAUUAUUUCUUAUUCCAACCAUAUGGUAGUGACAAUGAAGGAUGGCGAGUGAAAGGAGGCUCAUCUGUACUCUUAGUUACAGAUUCAAUAAAUGAAUUAGUAAAUUUACUUCAUGGAAUUUUAGAAUUCAACGAUAGGAAAUUCACUUUUCAUUUCAUUUCUAUUCAAUCAAUGGAUCGAGAAAAAAAGGUUGCUUCGAUAAAAGUAGAAACACCUGAAGAAAGAGUUGAAAUGUAUCAAACGAUGUUUUUACCGUUGACUGAUGAAGAUUUAUUGGCACUUAAGUCAAUUGAACAAAAGAAUCGAGAGGAAUUGAAAAAGAUAGAGAAAGAUCACCUGGAUAAAUUAGAAGAAGAAGAAGAAGAAGAAGAGGAUGAAGAAGACGAGGAGGAUGAAGAAAGUGAUGAAGAGGAAAAUGAAACAGACGAGGAUAGAGAAGAUGAAAAAAGAGAAGAAUUACUACAAAAGAUAACGGAGGAAAUUCAAGAAAUUUUCGAAGAUCCAUUGAUAGAAAUUCCUGAACAGGAUCGGUCAAAUUCUCCAGAUGAAUUAAAUUUGUUUCUUCUAACUGCCAAUGUUAAUCUUGAAGAAGAAAUAAUUGAUACUGAGGCUAAAGAAGUAGCUGAGUAUGAAAGAUUAAAGUACAAUCUUCCGCCACCAUAUGUUUCUCCACCUAAGAAAGUCCUCGCUUUGCUUUUAGCAGCCAAAAAAGCUUCUCAAUCUGUUCCAUCUUUAGUAUCAUGUUUCUCAAUUGAUUCUAAAUUAGCUGUAAAGACAGAUUUACCAUCUUCUGAACCUUUAAAUGCUACAAUUAUUAAUACUACAAAUGUUCGUGAAGAAGCUGUAAAGAUAAUCAAAUUGCCUUUGAAAAAAUAUCUUUAUUCUCGAAUUUUACCAACCGGCUUCACUCCACUGAGAGCAAUCAAUGAAAAAUAUAUUCAUGACGAAGGCAUAUAUGAAAAAGAAAAAGAAGAAGAAGAAAGAGAAUGCCGAGAAAACCAGAAUUCAAGACAGUUACGAAGUUUACACCGUUUUGAAGAUUUUAUUAAUGAUGAUUCUACUGAGAUCAAAGCUAAUCCAACAAUAAUUCCACUUGGUCCAAUCAUCAAGACACCAACACCUCAGAUAAAACCUAAGCCUUGUCAAGAGAGAAAUAAAAAAGUUGAUAAGCUAUCCAAUAUUGGUCAGCAGAAAAAAGUAAUGAAGACACUUGGGGAUAAUAUUGAAAGUAUUAUGAUGGAUUUGAUUUUUUCAGAAUCGAAAUCGAAAGAGCAGCCAAGAAAUUCUGAAGAAACUGGAGAAGAUUAUUCGCACCAUUCAGAAGCAUCAAGUCAAUUGGAAGAAUCAAUAAAUGACAAUGAGCAAGAAGAGCUGCAAAGUGAAGAACCUGAGUUGUUAAGAGAAUCAAUUGGUUUUAUUCCAGUUGAAGAUAAAUAUGGUAUUAUCCUAGGAAGUAAGACAUUAGAUGAUCGAAGUGACAUUCAAGAAUGUAAAUUAAGAGCAUGUUUCUUCGCUGCAAUUCUAUGUCUUUUAACAAAAAUUCAAAUAAACGUAAAGUUUUUCAGAACAAGUCUCAUUGAUGAUAUAAUUCUCGAAGCAAAAGCUCUUUAUGAAGAUGCUGGAGUUUUAAAGUACCGAGUAAAAACAUGGACUUACAAUUUAGAGCUUUUUAAAGUAAAAUUUUAUAUUGUUCUAAAUGAAGAAAUAUUCGCUGAGCCUGAGAAAUAUGAAAUGGAUAUAAUCUCACGUAGUUUAGAGAGAUACUUGAAAAAACAUUCAAGUGGAAUAUUAGUAUUCGAAAACGCGUCGUACGCGUUUUGGUUUACGAACAAUGGGUAUUAUCUCUUCGAUCCUUAUUCAUGUGAUGAAAAGGGUAAUGUCAGUGAGAAUGGUUCUGCAUGUCUUCUAGAAUUCUAUAAGAUUGAUGAUUUUAUUAAAAAGGUUCAAGAGUACUGUAAUCUUAAUUCAAACAAUCCUUACAGUAUUUAUAAUUUACACAUAACAAGAAUGGAAUGGGUGACAGAAAAGAAGAAGUUCAAAAGCAAGAAAAAAGAUAUAAAUAAAAAUACUUCAACGUCAUCAUUUCUUUCAUCAGAAGAAAAUACUGAAGAAGAAUCGAUAGAAGACAUCGAAAUAACAUCACAACAAAGAAGUUCAUCGUUAAUAGAAUUAUCUGAUUGGAUAAAAAACAAAGAAAAAGAAUUAUUCGACUUUGACACAAGUUUGCGAGGAUUCGUUGCGUUAAAAAACUUCAAUGCUUCAGUGCUGGAAGUAAGAGUAGUUGAAAAUGACAUCACACGACCUAAUCUACCAGCAUUCAUGUCUAGUUCACCAGGGACAAAAAAAUCCAAGACCUUAAUCGAGUUACCGAGAAGAAAGCCAUUCGAUAGAAAAUUCAACGAGCACUCUAUUCUCGCAGAACCUCUUGAUUUAUGUAUCAUGGCUUGGUCCUGUAUUCACGAGCCAUCUCGAUGGGGUUUUCGGACAAUCAGAGGGAUUGUUGAGGCUUGCGAGGACCUAGCUUUUGAUAGUCUUCUAGCUGCUGAAGAUUCUACAGUAAAUAAUAUGAUAGAUGGACUUCUAACUGAGUUUGACAUUGCAAAUUACCGGUUUCAAGCUGUGUUUGCUCCUCUUCAUUAUGGCACAUUAUAUUCAAAGGAAGACUGGAAUCUCACAAUGUCAAUAAAAAAGCUCUUUGAUACUCCUAUUUAUACUGGAGCAUUUAUUUCUUGUGGAAAAAUGCAUAUUGGCUUGAUGAAAGUUCAAGCUCGUUAUUACUUUUGGUACACAGUUGCUAAAACUCCAAAUUUAAAAAUUGUUACAUCAACUGAUUUAGAAGAAUUCAUCAAAUUAAUUGUUCUACUUAUUGAUGAACCUGAAGAAAUGGAAUUUCGAAUGCGAAUCAUUACGAUUUCUUAUGCUAGGAAAUUAGAUCCUGACUGUUCGGACAUGAAUGGACUUCAUGAAAGUAGUUCUCUAGUUUCUCUUCCUCAGAUCCAUCGGAAAAAUGACUUUUAUGAUAUCGAGAAAAUCUUUUAUACCGCUUUGCCUUGUUCAAGACCACAGUUUAUCCUUGGUACUGUUGGCUUUGAGCUAUUCGAAGAGAUAAAAGAACCACAACUGAAACGUUGCUACUUUGCUGCAUUGCUGUCGGUUACAGUAAACAGAGAUAUUAUGCAAAGUCCUAUUCCCAGCAUGGUAGAUAAAAUAAUUCAAGCUUCUGAAAAUUUAUACAGACAAUGCAGUGGUGCGAAAUAUCAUGCUCAACACAUUCUAAAGAAUAUUCCAAUAAUGAACAGAGUAUUUGACUUUAGAGACAUUGCACUAGAUCUAGUUAGUUUUGAUGACUUUGAUAAUCUACCAGAGAAAAAAAAGAAAGAGAACAUGUGCUCAAGAAUUUUAAAAGAAUUCAAGAAAUAUUUUAUCAAGCAUAAUUCUGGAAUUAUACACUUUACUAACUGCUGUUAUGGAUUCUGGUAUUCUCCAGCAACGAAUGCUUAUUAUUACUUCAACCCAUAUCAGAAUGAUGAUAGAGGAAGAAAAGUGAAAAAUGGUGCUGGAUUUUUGGGUAUUUUUUCAUCACUAUGUCAGAUGGUGAAGUCAAUGAUAUCAAAUUUUAUUGAAGACGUAACUGGAUUUUUUAUUCAUGAAAUUCACGUUGAGUCUAUAAAUGUUAUUUCAUCAGAUAAAUUGCAAGAAGAUCCAAUGUGGAUUUAUUUAGAUUAUCAUUGGAGUAUUGAUCAUGCUCGACAUAAUUAUUCAGCUCAUUCGAAAAUUAAAAAGAAACAAGGCAAGCAUCAAGAUGAUUUAUGCAAGCAACGAUCGAAUUUAAAAGAGAAUAAAACAGUAAAAAAAUUAUGGAAUUAUUAUACUAUUGAAAUUCCUAACAUGAUUUAUUCUUUGUGGGGUACUCUGGGAGCUUAUGAUAAUCGCUUUGGGAAUCGUAAAGGAAAAAAUAAAGAGGCUAUUUGUAUAGCAAUUCUUGCAAUGCAAUUUUUAUGUCAUCCUUCAAAAUGGGGACCAGCUAUUUUAGAUUCUGCUGUUAUUUGUGGUGAUUGUUAUUAUACAGAAAGUUUGAAAGCUGCUGCUAAAGAACAUAAGCACUCUAAUAGUUUUAAUCUUCAACCGUUUUUCAAAGUUUCUCCUCAUAUUUGGAAGAUAGACGUUGGGAUUACAAAAUGCGGAGUUCUUUAUGGUGGAAAAAGACGACCAACUUUGGCUGCUUUGCUCAAAUACACUCUAAAUGAGUACUCUAAUAUUUUAUUAAAAUGUGGGAAUAUUUCUAUAGCAGUUCUAGCUACUGGUGAUGGAUUUUAUGCUGCAGAUCCUUGUUGGACUGGUCCACCACUGUUUUCAAGACAUCAUGGUGCUCUUUAUGUUCUUAGAUGUCGUAAUUUGAAUGCUUUAAUUUACGUUCUGGUGAAAAUGAUUAAUACGAAUCAAAGACUGGAGUUUUUUAUCACACCAAUAACUUUUCAUUUUAAACAAGAGAGGUGUCCUACAGCAAUUGUCAGUCAAAAGAAUCAAAAUGAUCAGAAGAGAGCUAAAAAAGAUAAAAAGACUCAGAUUAAAAAAAUACUCUUAAGUUCACAUGGUGCUUUUUUGUAUCCAGGAAUUGCUUGCGGGCCAAAUACUCCAAUAUCUGGUGCUAUUACUGUUCCUAACGAAGAUUCUUACCAAAAAUAUCGACAAAAUGUUGCUCUUGGCAUUAAAAACAAUCUUGAGAAUCCACCAGCUACUUCUCCAGAACCAGACUUGUCUGUCGAUCAUUUAAAAAAUGUGAUACUCAGUACAAGCUGGCAUAAAAAAAUUGGACGUUCAAAAUUACAUAGGCAGUCUUCAGCAAUAAAUGUUUUAAGUUUACAAAAAGAUGUCGAGAAAAAUCGAUCCUUACAAAAAACUCCUCAGCAAGACUUUGAUAGAUACUCUGCUAUUGAAUUUUUGAAAAAUUGUGAUGAUUAUCCAAGGACUGUAGACUUUUUGGAAGAUAAAUGCGUUGAGAAAUUUAGCAAAUAUUCUGGCAAACAUUCUACGAUGGUGGAAGAAUCGAUAUCUAAACCUUUGGAUUGUCUUCCCCCAAGGAAAUUUAUAUCAAACAGGAGUAAAAAAGAAUUUAAGAAAAAAGUCAAGGAAAUGCGUGAAGGUGAAUUAUCGAUGAAAAGUUAUAAACCUAAAAAAUCUGUUGUAUUUCGUCAUCAAUCUACUGUUUUUGAUAAUUUAUUGGAUGAAAAUUUUGAAGAUGAAGCAGAAGAAUUGACAAUGGCAGAUGUUUUAUAA